AUGCUCAAGAAAUACGCCGUUCCGCUUGACCCUGAGAUCUAUGCCGCCGAUCCAGGAUACACCUCCCUUUUUGACCCUUAUAUUCACAAGCAGACGGAGGUGGCCGAUCAUGCUUCAGUCCAAUUGCACAUAGACCUGCACGGAGUUGAUGGUGUUGGGUCCAAGUUUGGCAAUCUCAAUGCACAUGCUGGAAAUUUCACUUCUUUGUGUGCGCCAAAUUGUCUACCUGAAAGAUUUGCUCUUGUGGCAUACACCGUUGAAUAUGCAUUCCUUCAUGAUGACGAAACAGACAAUGCUGCAGACCAUGAUGCCUUACUACUUGAAAAUCAAAUGCUUCAUCAGGCACUUACCCAGAGUGGGAUGACCUCUGUCUCAACCAGAGUCUCAGAAAAAGCACAACGCAAGUCUGAAGUCCAAGCUAAGAUUGCAGCCGAAUAUCUGCGUCUGGAUCCGGUCUUCGGUAACUGGUUUAUUUCACGAUGGGAGACAUUUACCAAAUCGGUGGAAGAGGUCAGAAGUACUGAGUUUGCCAGUCUGGAUGAGUACCUUGCAUUCCGAAUUGUCGAUGCAGCAGCCGAUUGGACACUUUAUAAUUUCCGAUGGGGAUCAGGCAUCACUCUCACUGAAGAAGAAGAGAAAAUCGCUGACCCCAUGAGUUACAUGGCCUAUGCUGAGCUCUGUCUCGUCAAUGAUUUAUUCUCCUGGGAGAAGGAAUAUGCAUCCCAUCUUAAGAGUGGCGGAGAUGUACCUUUGGUCAAUGCUGUCCAUAUUGUUGCGGUAAAUCAAGGUCUAACACAUUCGGCUGCAAAGGCUGUUGUAAUGGCCGAGAUUCGAGCACACGAAGAAAGAUUCUGUCACUUGAAAGAGCAGUACAAGGGUACUCAAAGGCCUUCAAGGUCGGUGCUUGAUUGGUUGGCCUUGCUGGAGCACUCAAUGGCUGGUAAUUGGGUUUGGAGUCUUCGCGUUCCUCGCUACUGGAAGACUGAGCGUAACCCAUACAAAGAUCACCUAGAGAACUUUGGCACUAAUAAGGUGCGAAUUCUCGCACCACCAGAGCAAUUCUUCGACUCGAGCACAGAUUCCAAAAACGCGACACAGAUUCGCUCCGUUGACAUUAAGAAGCAAACAAUUGAAGAUGACGCAUUGAUGAAAUUCGCAUCAAACGGGUUUUCGACCAAUGAGUACACCACACAAAAGGGAUUCUGUGACGAUCUCGAUGAGGGCAAACUCUCAUUCCCGAUCAUCCUGUCAAUGCAAAUGCCAGGGUUCUCCAACACCGCGCUUUCAAGCAUCUUCAGAAGCUGUCAACAUGGUCAGACCCUCUCGCCCCAAAUGAAACAAUAUAUCCUCGAGGAGAUCACCGCCAGAGGUGCAUUUUCACAAACAAAAACUGUUUUGAAAAGACUGCAUUUCGAACUGCUUCGUAUGCUGAUGGAGACGGAAAGAGAAGCUGGUGACAGAGAGAACUGGACUCUGCGAUUGCUGAUCAUGAAGCUUGAAAUUAACGACGAGGAGCAGAAGACUGAGAAGAACAUAAUUAGUGAUUCCGAGUAUGCUUGGAAGAAUAACCAGCGACUUGGCUGGGAGGGGACUCAGGUCAAUGGGCGCCCUAUCGCCAAGGCUUGCUUCCUCAGAGCCCUGGAAGCUUCUUGA